GUAUAGUUGAGGAUAGUCAGUUUCCAUUUGCACGCUAAAAACAUAGGACGUCCAUGUAUUUCCAUUGAACAUGGAUAUUACGUUUCUGGGAUCUUUGCUCCUCACCCUGCUGGUCUCCUGUCUCCUGAUUUACUCAACAUGGAAUUUAAUGUAUCGAAAAAGGAACUUACCCCCUGGUCCGACACCGCUACCUCUGCUGGGAAAUAUUCUUCAAAUCAAGAGGGGAGAGAUGGUGAAAUCAUUGUUAGAGUUUGGAAAAAAAUAUGGUCCGGUUUACACUCUUUACUUUGGUCCAAGGCGUGUAGUGGUGCUAUGUGGGUACCAGGCAGUCAAAGAAGCACUAAUUGACCAAGCAGAUGAGUUUAGUAAUCGGGGAAAGCAACCAAACACAGAUAGCUUUAUCCAAGGACUUGGGGUUGUUUUCAGUAAUGGUGAAAGAUGGAAGCAGCUACGACGCUUUUCCCUCACGACUCUGAGAAAUUUCGGGAUGGGUAAACGAUCCAUUGAAGAGAGGAUUCAGGAGGAGGCUCAGUGUCUUGUGGCUGAACUCAGGUCAUACAAAGGGAAGUCCUUUGACCCGACCUCCAUCCUCGUACAGUGCGUUUCCAAUGUAAUCUCGUCCGUUGUGUUUGGAAAUCGCUUUGAAUAUAAUAACAAAAAUUUGCAGACACUCCUCAGCCUGUUUGCUGCUAUCUUCACUGACUUGAGCAGCCCGUGUGGACAGUUAAAUGAGAUGCUUCCAAUGGUCAUGAAGUACAUUCCGGGCCCUCAUCACAGGAUAAACAAGAACUUCAUCAAGCUCAUUGAGUUUGUUUCAAAAAGAGUGAAAAAUAAUGAAGACACUUUGGAUCCCGACUCACCCAGAGACUACAUAGACUGUUUCCUGAUCAAAAUGCAGCAGGAAAAACAAAAUCCAAUGUCAAACUUCCACAUGAAAAACCUCCUGAUGACUGUUCUGAACCUUUUCUUUGGUGGGACUGAAACCGUGAGCACCACUCUACGGCAUGGGUUCCUCAUACUUCUAAAAUAUCCCGAGAUAGAAGCCAAGUUGCAUGAAGAAAUAGACCAUGUGAUUGGACAGAACCGCAGCCCAACCAUUGAGGAUCGGAGCCAAAUGCCCUAUACUGAUGCUGUGAUCCAUGAAAUCCAGAGAUUUAGUGAUGUUCUCCCAAUGAAUGUUCCUCACUCGGUCACAAAAGAUACGAAGUUAAGAGGAUACGAUAUCCCCAAGGGCACUGACGUUUACCCAUUACUUUGUGCCGUUCUUCGAGACCCCAAACAGUUCACCACUCCCAACAAGUUUAACCCGAACCACUUUCUGGAUGAACAUGGGCACUUCAAGAAGAACGAGGCUUUCAUGCCAUUCUCUGCAGGGAAGCGGAUCUGCCUGGGGGAGGGUUUAGCACGGAUGGAGCUCUUCCUCUUCCUGACUACCAUCUUGCAGAACUUCAAACUAUCCUCAAAAACACAAUUCACUGAGUCUGACAUCACCCCUAAAAUGAAUGGAUCCGUAAAUUACCCAAUUCCGUAUCAGCUCUCAUUAAUUCCUCGUUAGAUAAGACAGAGAAAUUAAAACCAUAUUAGAUUUCAAUAAUAAAAUGUCUAAUUUCCUAUUUUACAGAAUGAUUUUGAGGUAUGUUGAAGUAAACCAAUCUAAGCAGUGACUGGUGGGGAAA